AUGACUGUCCUAGCAACGCGCACAUUUGUGCAGGAGUAUGCAGCCGACGACGCUGCGUCUUCUCCGCGUAAAAUAUCGCUUUACGGAGAUAUGAAUCCGAAUCUGGCGUUUAACGUCAGUAUGAUUGCCAUCUUUGGGGUCCUAUUCGUACUACAAGCAGGAUUAGGAUUGUACACUCGCCAACGGUGGAUGUGUGUGUCGUUUAUGUGCGCGUGUGGCAUAGAGGUAGCCGGGUACGUCGGCCGUGCUUUGAGUCACAACAAUACCAGUGAUAUCGGCACUUUUCUCUUGCAAAACAUUUGUCUGACACUCGCGCCUGUGUUUACCAUGGCAGGAAUCUACUACCAAUUGGCCAAACUAGUCAAAAUCUACGGUCCCAAAUUCGCGAUGCUGAAGAGUCCGAUCUGGUACUCGUGGAUCUUCAUAGCGUGCGAUGUAAUCUCGCUGAUAAUUCAAGCGGUCGGCGGUGGAAUGUCCGGAAACGCCGCCGCUCGUCAAGAACGAUCGUAUACGGGAGAUCACGUUUUUGUCGCCGGACUAGCUUUCCAAGUGGCAUCGAUGUCGGUUUUUCUACUGCUAUGGUUCCACCUACUAUACCAGAUCUUUAUGGUCACACGUCUGGAGCACACCGCAACGCGAAGACCCGCCAGGGCUCUUCUUCAUGUGAACCAGCUGGAAAUUGACUACAAAUAUUGUCGCGAGUACGAAUGCGUACGGGUUCGUCCACGACGGUGGGUGUUCAUCUAUUUUCCACACGCCCUCACCAUUGCAGUCCUCUUGGUCUACGUGAGAUGUAUCUACCGUGUUGUAGAGUUAGCACAAGGUUGGGGCGGUUAUCUCAUCACGCACGAGGUCUAUCUCGUCAUCCUGGACGCACUUAUGAUUUCACUGGCUACCGCUAUUAUGACCGUUUUCCACCCAGGGUUCGCUUUCAAAGGGCGAACUGUUCGAAUUCCGAUUGAUAAGGUGACGAAACCUGGAAAAGCUGAUGUUUUGACUCAAUCCGACUAUUCUGUGGAUGUCAACCCUUCCGACGAAAAAGAUACCGUACCUCCGUGUUAA